AUGGCAUCUCCGCUGAGGAGUCUGGUUUAUGGUGAAAGCCGUUACCAGAAGGCCUUCGAUCUUUGUGUGGAGCGUUCUUCAGAACUUCAGUGUAUGCUUGAUUUUAUUCACAACAUCCUGCCAGACAUACUGACCAGCAUUGGAAACGGAAAAUCACAUCUUAAUGUAAUAGCACUUGGAAGUGGUGAUGGUAAGAUUGACUUGGAGAUUUUCUCAGAGCUGCAUCUCAAGCACCCUGGAGUGACUGUGGUCCAUGAGGUGGUGGAGCCAAGCAGCCAGCAGCUUGAUAGUUACAAAGUCUUGGUGUCACAAAAGCCAGACUUGGAGAACAUCACAUUUAAGUGGAAAAAGAUGACUGCAUCUGAGUUUGAGAGGCAACACAAGAUAACGCAGAUGACAAAGAAGGCUGACUUCAUUCAUAUGAUUCAGAUGCUCUACUAUGUCAAGGAUCUUGGCGCAACUGUCAGAUUCUUCCAAAGUCUCCUUGACAAGAACGGGAAGCUUCUCAUUUCUCUAGUGUCUGGUGACAGUGGUUGGGGAAAGAUGUGGCAAACUUUCAGCAGUCAGAUUUGUGCAUGUGAAUUGAGUCGGUGUGUGACCUCGGCAGAUGUGAAAAAAAUCCUGGACUCCGAAGGAAUGCAGUACAAGAGCUACAUUCUGCCUUCUGAAGUUGAUAUCACCGAAUGCUUUUCCGAAGGUGACGAGAGUGGCGAGUUGCUGCUUGACUUCCUCACAUAUGUGGAUCACUUCAGCCAAACGGCCUCGCUCCAGUUAAAAGACGAUGUCAUGACGUUUCUGCGAAAUACGGCUUGUUGUCUGAAGCCAGACGGCAAAAUUUAUUUCAAUAGCAACAUUGAGGUGAUAGCUGUUGAUUCAGCCACAUGA